UCUCAUGCUUCUAAUUUUAGCUAAGUGACUCAUACUGGCGAAUAAGUCAUAUUGUAUAAAAGUUCUGUCGGUAUCCUCCAUGUUUCAAAGUUCGUGACUCAUCUGUACAAAGUGUUUCCCAAAAAACACGAUUUAAAAGGACUCUGUGAGGAUUUUGCUUACUGUUAAUACAAGACAAGAUAAAAUAAAGUAAAUAUGUAUACGGAAAUGGAGGGAGAAUCGAAAUAUCAUGUGGCGAAUAUUCUGUCAAGCAUGGCGCACAAUGGACACGCGACUGUCGAAGUGUCGAACUAUGCCACCCCUACGUCUGUGUAUGCCAAUGGACUGAAUGUCAGCAGCACCACCGGCCUGACCCCAACCACACUGAGCAACCUUGAACGGACCUUCAUAGAACUACAGUCCGUUCCCAGUCGCACAGCGCUACCAAAUCCCAUUUCCCAGAGCGGCUUUGUUCCCCCGAUAGUUCACUCCAAUCACCCAUCAAGCAACGAGGACUACUACAGCGAUUCCUCGAGUAACAGCUGCAGCAACGAUGACUACAUCCCUUCCCAGCCAAAGAAGAUUAAGAUUGGGGACAAGACGACUACCAUCAUGUCGAAAUCUGAAAUAGAGAACCCUCUGCGGAAAACUCACAGGCGCCAGAUACGCGAAGAUGAGAUAUCUGCUGAGGAGGCAGUCCGUCGUAAUAUGCGUCGUGAGCGAAACAAAGUUGCUGCUGCUAAGUGCCGACAGCGUAGAGUGGAUCACACUAACAGACUUCUUAAUGAGACUGAGAAACUUGAGCAGGAACAGGCGGCCAUUGAGGCGGAGAUAAACGCCCUACAGAAUGAAAAGGAACAGCUUGAGUUCUACCUGCAGGCCCACGGCCCCAUCUGCAAGGUCAAUGGGGUCGCCCCCAAGGUCAAAAAGGAGCUUACCUUGCCCGAAACCCCUGAAAAUCUCAGUAUGUCCCACAAGAGGCCAGCACCUGUUACCACAACAACAGUAACAACGUCGUCUCGACCUUCCACGCUGUCCAUCUUCAAGAAUGAUCAUAAGUCGGAACUGUCGGGUUUAGUUUCCAUAACGACCCCGUCUAGUGGUUUCUACAGCAUGACCCUUGACACUAUGGUAGACCACACAGGGUUAACUCCCCUCACUGGAAAUCUCGGACACACAGGCCUGACUCCCAUUACCAAUAUGCCUACGUCCUGUAGUAGUGAGGUUUCAAAAAAGCAUUCCGCAUCUAGUGACAGUUCCGAUGGUGUGAAAACACCGUCAAGUCUCAUUUCAUUAUAGUUAUUACAAUUUAUUAAUUUAUAUUCCUUUACUAUUCCAAAUUUGUAUGUGUAGUUAUUGCCACAUGUGAACAAAGCUGAAUUCUGCUAGUUUCAAUUUUCGAAAUAAAACACUGACUUAUCGGGUAUAAAAAAAGUGACACAUGUUUCCAUUUUUUUUUUUAACAGUUAUCUGUUUUACAAACAUUUCUUCCAAUGGACUUGGUGUUAUUUUUACAUUUUGUAGAUAUGAUCUGAUAUCAUUUGAAUCAUUGUAUUUACCAUUAUCCUUUUACUAAUAGAAGGGGGGGGGCAUUUUUCUUGUUUAUUUCAUGUAUUAAUGAUACGUACACCUGUGUUUGCCAACUAUGUGCUUGUAUUUUUCGUUGCUGCUGGUCAGUAUUGUAGUUAUUGUAUUUUGCUUCAGUUUUAAUGAUUAUGCUGCUGAUGUUAGAGACAUACCAAUUUACCCAUUUAUGCCUAGUGGACUCUCCCAUCCUUCUAAAUUGGAUCAAUUUAUUUCCAAAAUUAGGGAUGUCAAGUAUAUUUAUUUCUAUAUUUAGAAUAUUUCUUACUGAAAUUCGUUUAAGCAAACAGUGCAGACCCUGAUGAGACGCCGCAUCAUGCAGCGUCUCAUCUGGGUCUACGAUGUUUGCCAAGGCUUUUUUUCUAGAUGCUAGGCAUAAAUGGAUUAAACAGAUGCCAUUUAUGCAAUUUUUGUGACAAUAUUACAUUAUACACACAGCACCAUUUUAAGAGUAUUUUAAUGGUUACUUUAAAUUAUUGUUUUUGUUGUUGUUUUCGCUGAACAAGUUUAUAGAUUCAUAAUAACAUAUAAAAAUGAUGAUAAACCAAGUGAAAUGUUGAGUUUUUCUUCAAACACCACUUCUCAUUUUUGCAGAAACAGUGUGCAAACGGUUUAAACUUAAGAGAGCUUGCUCUCAGACAUGAUUCCUUGACGUUCAAGUUAAACAGUUAUUUCUUUCAGAGGCAGGACCUUUCUUGAAGAUUUAAAUGGUUGGAAAGAGUUUAAUCAUUAAUUAAUUAUUAAGAAAACGUGUUAAGUGUUUUUCAGUGUUUGAUAGUGAAUUUGUUGUGCAAGAAUACAUAUUUGAGGUCUUAUUGUCAGAUUAAAAAGUUGUAUAUGGUUAUCAUAUAGCCAAGAUGGAAAAUGUGCAGUUUAACUACACAUUUAAAUAUAUUUGUAUGUGUAAAUGAUGUAUGACAGUGUUAGACUUUCUUAAUUAGAAGUGUUCUGGCUAUUAGUGGAUGCUAGGCUGUAUCCUUAACACAUGAAUGUAAUUCUACUUUGAAUAACAUCUGGUAUUUGAUUUUAAUUAAAGAACUCUUGGUCAUAAUAUCAUGCAAAAUGUAUUAAUUUACACAUUCUAAUGAAAGUAAUUGCUAUCAAGAUGUUAAAAGUGACGCAUAAAUGUGCAUUUAAUUUUAAUGAGUGAUAAUUUAAGUAAACUGUUUACAGAUACGUUUUUACUGGCUUUAGGUGCUAAAUGAUGUAUGUUCUCAGAGAGUUGUGUGUUAAAUGAUAUUAAGUGCUUAAAGUAUACGUAGUGGUCGUUUUCAGUUGAUUAUAUGUAACAUAUAUGCUAUUUGUAAGAAUUUCAAUGCAAUUGAAAAAUAAAUGAAAUAUGAUGCAAA